GCAGUGAAUUGAGGAAGCCCCAGCGGGGACGCACAAAGAAGAGACGGGCAACACAGGCGGACGGCUCAGAGAACACCCAGAGGAAUUGUGUUCAACAUCACUGGCAACAUUACGAUGACGCAGGCUCUACCUGAAGGGGUGUUGGUGAUCAUUUCUCCAACUGGAAUCAGUAUCUCCCAGACUGGACAGGCUGGAUCACAGGAAUCUCCCAAAGAGCCACCUAAUAAAGUGAAGAAAAUCCUUAAGGAGGAUUCAAGGCUUCUAGGGAUUCUCCAGAUUCUGAUUGGCCUGAUGAUCCUGUCCUUGGGGGGCAUUUUGGCUUCUAUUUCGGUCCACCCUGAUCUCCAGCCUUUGUUGGGGUACCCAUUCCUGGGAGCGGUGUUGUUCAUCAUUUCAGGUUCCCUUUCGAUUGCGGCUGAAAGAAAACCCACCAAACUGUUGAGACGAGGCAGCCUUGGAAUGAAUGCCAUUAGCGCCUUAGCUGCGGCUAUUGGGUUCCUGAUCCUCACCAUCAAUAUGGCCAAAAUCGCCUCCAACCCCGAUCUCUGUCAGCAUUCAAAUUCACACCAUCCCUUUGCCUGGGGUCAUUUUGACUAUGAUGAGCACGACCAGAUCGAAGAAACUACAGUAACAGUGAAGGCCGAAAUAACUGACCCCGAGGGACCUUUGUUAAUGCAGCAUUACUAUUAUUUACCUCACUUUCUUUUAAGCUUCUUGGACGAAUUGUGCUUCUUGGCUAAUUCCAGUUUGAAUGGGAUUAAAGCCAUGAUGCUCAUUCUCACCAUCCUGGAACUCUGCAUUGCCGCCUUCCUCACCUGCAUUAUGUGGAAAGCAUCCGACUUCCAGUAUAGCAGGAGAAUGAUUUUCCAGGCACAAUCUCAAGGAAUCAGUUCCUGCGGAUCUAGGACGGCGCGGCUCGAAUCUGACUAUGAGGAGCUGGUGACCGCUUACUAGCUGGAAAUCCACCCAUGUCACGGAGGAGCGAGUCCAGUGAUUGACACAUAGGCAGAGAAGAUGGGACAAGAAACAGGCUGAUAAUAACCUGCCUCCCCCUCCAGACUGUAAGCUCAUUGUGAGCAGGGAAUGUGUCUGUUAACUCUGUUGUACUGUGCCCUCCCAAGCACUUAGUACAGUGCUCGACUCAUAGUAAGCGCUCAAUAAAUACAAUUGGUGUUGAUGAUGAUGAUGAUGAGAGAUUUGGGUUAAACUUUAUAUUGAUUAUUGCAUUUGGUACUUCCAUUCUGAACAGAUUUCAUAAUGAAGGGCAUGACAUUAAAAUGGAAUCAAUCCAUAAAGAUUAGAUUAGGGAGAAUUUCAGUCAAGUGGGUUCUGAGAA